GAGCUGCAGGUCAGGAGGGUUGAAUGAGUGUUUAGUGUUUCAGGGGUCCUGCAGGGGAGAGUUAGAAUGGCCGCAUUUCUCCACGUUACUCUUCUUUUGUUACUGAGCCAUGGCUCCUGUGUUCAGGUUGAUGGUGCUCCUUCUGAUGGCUCACCAACAGUGACACCAGCUGUAGGUUCAGGUUUGGAUUUGACCACUACCAGGAGCUUUGUUGGGAAUUCCAGUGCCACAGAGAUUCCCACUGCAGGAUUCACAACCAGUAAGUCAACAACUAAAACCACCGUAGACGCCAAACGUCAAACAGAGGACGGUCAGAAACUAGAGACAAAGGAUUCUAAAACAGAAGAGGAGGAGGAAGGUCCUCUGGAGUUAGAAUGUCCUCCACUGGGUCUGGAGUCACUGAAAGUCAAAGACUAUCAGCUGAGGGCUUCAUCCUAUAAACGCAGAGGCCUGGGGCCUCACAGAGGUCGACUCAACAUCCAGUCUGGGGUCGAGGACGGAGAUAUCUAUGAUGGAGCUUGGUGCGCCCUGCACAGAGACAAGAAGCAGUGGCUGGAGGUCGAUGCUCAGAGGCUGACCCGCUUCACUGGGGUCAUCCUGCAAGGACGCAGCUCCAUCUGGAGCUGGAAUGUGGUGCAUACCUUCAAGGUCCAGUUCAGUAAUGACACACUGCUGUGGAAGUCGAGCAUGAAUGGGAGUGAAGAAGCUAUAUUUGAAGGAAACCAGGACACCGAAACCCCCGUUCUGGCCCUUUUCCACACUCCCACAGUAGCACGGUACAUCCGGAUCAACCCACAGUCCUGGUAUCAGAACGGGACACAGGGAGACAUCUGUCUGAGGGCUGAGGUGUUGGGCUGUGUGCUUCCUGAUCCUAGUAAUGUCCACGAGUGGCAGGCAGAACCUUCUGAGUCCAAGGACAAACUAGACUUCAGACAUCACAACUACAAGGAGAUGAGAAAGCUGAUGAAGGUGGUGCAUGAGGAGUGUCCCAACAUCACCCGCAUUUACAGCAUCGGGAAGAGCUACAAGGAUCUGAAGCUCUACGUCAUGGAGAUCUCAGACAACCCAGGAAAACACAAACUGGGAGAACCAGAGUUCCGUUAUGUUGCUGGGAUGCAUGGAAAUGAGGUGCUGGGUCGGGAGCUUCUGCUCAAUCUGAUGGAGUACAUUUGCCAAGAGUACAAACGAGGAAACCAGAGGAUCCUCCGCCUGGUCAGAGACACUCGCAUCCACCUCCUGCCCUCCAUGAAUCCUGAUGGAUAUGAGAUGGCCUUUAAGAAGGGCUCUGAGCUGGCAGGCUGGGCCCUGGGUCGCUACAGCUACGAAGGCAUAGAUAUGAACAGCAACUUUGCUGAUCUCAACUCAGGGAUGUGGACCGCCAUCGAGCUGGAGACGGAUCGGUCCAAACUCAUCAACCAUUACUUCCCCAUCCCUGAACAGUACACCUCUGAGGAUGCUUUUGUGGCUUCUGAGACCCGUGCUGUCAUCAGCUGGAUGCAGAGCAUUCCGUUUGUCCUUGGUGCUAACCUCCAUGGAGGAGAGCUGGUUGUCACCUACCCGUAUGACAUGACCCGGGACUGGGCGCCUCGUGAGCACACGCCCACCCCUGAUGAGAGCUUUUUCCGCUGGCUGGCUACGGCGUACGCCAGCACUAACCAGGUGAUGUCAAACCCUGACCGGCGGCCGUGCCACAACAAGAACUUCCUCAGAUACAACAACAUCAUCAAUGGAGCUGACUGGCACAAUGUACCAGGAAGUAUGAAUGAUUUCAGCUACCUGCACACCAACUGCUUCGAGGUGACGGUGGAGCUGUCCUGUGAUAAGUUUCCUCAUGUCAGUGAACUUCCCAUUGAGUGGGAGAACAAUCGCGAGUCUCUACUGGUUUACAUGGAGCAGGUUCAUCGUGGAAUUAAAGGUGUAAUUCGGGACAAAGACACAGGAGCUGGUAUAGCAAAUGCCAUCAUCAAAGUGGAGGACAUCGAUCAUCACAUUAGAUCAGUGGCUGAUGGGGACUAUUGGAGGCUGCUGAACCCUGGUGAAUACAGAGUGACGGUCACUGCUGAGGGUUAUCUGCCCAACUCACGCAGCUGUCACGUCAUGUACGACUUCUACCCCACUAUCUGUGACUUCUACCUCACCAUGAUGCCCAAAGAGAAACUAAAGGACAUUCUGAGAAAGAGAGGGAAACUCCCAGAGGAUGUGCAGCUCAGACUGCGUCAGCGCCGCCUACGUAAACUCCGCGUCACCACCAAGGCCAUCAACCAGAGGCGUGCUGCAGCCGCCAAACGGGCAAAGAGGGUGUGA